GGAAGAGGGGAGUAGCUGAAGCCAAAAUGACAAACACUAAAUAAACGAACUUAGGGGCUUUGAACUGAAGUUUGAAAAAUCUUUGUUCUCAACGAUGUUGUGGGGCUGUGGGAAAGGGAAAUUGUUCCAAAUUGCAAGCCUUUCCUAAUCUAUUUGCAAUGGGGAAUUAUUCAACAAACAACGCUGUUCAAAUCACAGCCACACACAAACGGCCAAACUGGCCACUUACCAGGCAUCACCAACUGAGAAAGAAAGCAGGGAAGCAAAGCGACCCCCUUUUACCCUUUUCUUAUCUUUAGCCUUAACACAGAAACAAAAAGAAAAACAACCCAUCUUUAAGCAAACAGAAAAACUCAACAUACUAAAUCAUCAAACAAAAUGGGAACUGUUAUAGACUCCCAUUUCUUAGCUCUAACUGCCAUUGUAACUGUGGGAUAUCAGUUAUUUUUCUUUAUAAUCACUGCUCUCCUCAAGUUUGAUAAAGUCACUGACUUUGCAGGAAGCACGAAUUUCAUUAUAAUUGCUGUGUUGACUCUGGUAACAAAAGGGUCAUGGCAUUUUCGACAGGUAGUCUUGACUUUACUUGUAGUAAUAUGGGGCCUUCGCUUGGGACUGUUUCUAUUGAUGAGAAUUUUGCAAUGGGGGGAGGACCGACGUUUUGAUGAAAUGCGCAGUAACUUGGGGAAAUUAGCAUUUUUCUGGAUAUUUCAGGCUGUCUGGGUGUGGACUGUGAGUUUACCUGUAACAGUGGUUAACGCAAGUGACAGAGAUCCAUCCAUUCAGGCUGAAGACAUUAUAGGGUGGAUUUUGUGGUCAGUGGGUAUCUCUGUUGAAGCUACAGCUGAUCAGCAAAAACUUUCUUUCAAAAACUCUCCAGAAAACAGAGGAAAGUGGUGCAACAUUGGACUAUGGAAAUAUACUCGUCAUCCAAACUAUUUUGGUGAGAUUUUACUUUGGUGGGGAAUUUUUGUGGCCUCUGCUCCCGUACUUGAAGGUGCUGAAUGGCUUGUAAUUCUUGGGCCAAUCUUUCUGACAUUGCUGCUUCUUUUUGUUAGUGGCAUACCAUUGCUUGAGGAGUCAGCAGACAAGAAGUUUGGUAAUGUGAAUGCAUAUAGGAUUUACAAGAAAACAACUAGCCCUCUUAUUCCACUGCCACCAUUCGUAUAUGGAAACCUGCCAUUGUGGUUCAAAGCCACUUUUCUCUUUGAAUUUCCUUUCUACAGUCGUAAUUUUCCACAGGAAGGGCCAAACUGGUGUAGAACAAGCCAAGAGGAAAUCAAGGAUGAACUGAAGAUGGGUUAGUACUGUUCUUUGGAUUUGCCAGGUCGCAGAUGAAGGCAAAUAGAAUCCAGUGCUUUUGUUCACUUUGUGGAGCAUUUCAUUUUCUAGUUUGUUAUGUGUAAAUAAAUACAAAUGUUUGUAAUCUGACUUCUCCUGCAUGUAUAUCGGACUUUAUCUGACUGGUUAAUUCAUUCUCACUUGUCAACUAUAAUUCUUUGGCAGAAUCAAUGUUGGCUAAACUUAUAGUAAGAAGAGAAAUGUAGGAAGCUUCAAUGAA